AUCGUACUAAUGGACGACCCGUUGAGUGCUGUCGACACCUCUGUUGCCGAACAUAUAUUUGAUAAAUGUAUAGUGGAGUACUUGUCGGACAAAAUCCGAAUUCUAGUCACACAUCAAAUCCAAUUCAUACGAAAAGCCACACAAAUACUGGUCUUAAGCCCAGAGGGCCGGUGCCUGGGGUUGGGCUCAUACGACGAGCUCCACUCCCAGGGCCUGGACUUCAUGAAACUACUGAGCGAUCAGGACAGGGAGGCUCAGAACACCGCAUUGGCUGCCGAGGAUAAAAAGUCGAGCCAUCACUUGGACAGGGAUGCUAUGAUGCGAUCGUUUUCGCAGUCGAGUAUUGAGGCCCAGAAAGUGAGAUCCUUUUCCAAGAGUAGUGUCUCCAUUACGGACAGCAUCGACACGUCCAGCAUUGAUAUACUUGAAGAGGACGAUGAGGACGGGGAUGGGCCCCGGAUUCAAGAGGAGCAGCGAGAGGUGGGUGCCAUCGAUAGCCGCGUGUACUGGGAGUACAUCAAAGCGGGCGCCGGACCCCUAUUGGGCACAUCCGCCCUCUUAUUUACCAUAAUAUCGCAAACUAUAUUUCACGGCUCAGACCUGUGGCUAACAGCCUGGACGGAUAAAAAUCAAGCCCAGGGACACGCUAUAGACCCAUACGAGCAGCACCUGGAUGUGUAUAUCUACUCGGGACUGAUAGGCCUGUUGUUUUUCACCACAUUCAUCCGGGCCAUCACGUGGUUUGUGAUGUGUAUGCGGGCGUCCGUUAAUCUACACAACAGUAUAUUCUAUCGACUAUUACGGGCACCGAUUGCCGUGUUUGACAGCAACCCCGUCGGUGUGUAUAACAAUAUAUAUAAUUUUGCAACUCUUACUAUAUUGAAUGCCACUUAUCAAUUGUGUCCAGGUCGCAUUUUGAAUCGAUUCACCAAAGACCUCGGUGUCGUCGACGAGAUGUUACCGGCUACAUCAUUCGACUUAAACAUGAUAAUCGGCCAAACCAUAGGUGUAAUAGUGGUGGUGGGACUGGUGAACCCAUACCUGGUCAUACCAGCGGUGUUCAUAUUCUGUAUGGUGGCCGUCAUACGGGGCAUAUACAUCAAAUCGGCCAGGGAUAUCAAACGCUUUGAAGGGCUUACCCGGAGCCCCGUGUACUCGCACGUAAGCACCACCAUUAGCGGACUGGCCAGUGUGCGCGCCUAUGGGGCACAGGAGGCCUUUGAGCGCCAGUUCUACGUCUACCAGAACGACCACUCGGCCACGUGGUUCACAUUCCUGGGCACAUCCCGGGGCUUGGGCUGGACUAUCGACUGGUUUUGCGUGUUGUAUAUUGUGAUGAUCGCCAUCGUGUUGAUGGUCUUUCCCGAUGGUAUUCCCGGUGGCAGUGCAGGUCUGGCCUUUUCAUCAGCCCUAAUGCUGACGGGAGUGACGGCAUGGGGUGUCCGACAGUCGGCUGAAUUGGAGAGUCAGUUGACUUCAGUCGAGCGUAUCAUUGAAUAUCAGAGACUACCACAGGAGGCGCCGUUAGACUCGGAUGACCGGCACCGACCCCCACAUGACUGGCCAUCGAAGGGACGGAUAGAGUUUCGGCGAAUGUAUCUGUUUUAUGAGGGAUCGACUAAACCGGUGCUCAAAAACAUCGGCUGCACUGUCAAGAGUGGUGAGAAGAUAGGUAUAGUCGGACGUACCGGUGCCGGCAAGUCGUCCAUAAUAUCAGCCCUGUUCCGGAUGGUGGAGCCCAGGGGAGAGGUAGUGGUGGACGGCGUGGACACCAAAUCGAUAGGUUUGCAUGACUUGAGGCGCAACAUCUCAAUCAUACCUCAGGAUCCGGUGGUCUUCACGGGUCCGGUGCGCAGAAAUUUGGACCCUUUCGGGGAAUACACGGAUCACUCGAUAUGGAGUGCCUUAGAGGAGGUGCGGCUCCGACAAGCCGUUCAGGACCUGCCCGGACAGCUGGACGGCCUACUGAGCGAAGGGGGCGGUAAUCUGAGUGUAGGUGAGCGCCAAUUGGUUUGUUUGGCUCGAGCUAUACUCCGCCACAACCGCCUACUAGUGCUCGACGAGGCGACGGCUAAUGUGGACCACCGGACGGAUGCCAGGUGUCGACAGCACUCAACGGGUCGUCCAUUAGUACGAUAUCUGAGUUGCGAUACAAAGCUCUGCAAAGAAUGCAUUACUACCGGUGCCGUGAAUGCCAUACCGGGCCAAAGUGAUCCUAGCCUUCUGUCCACCCGAUAG